AUGUCGUCUCGGUUUGAUGCGACUUUCGUUGAUCCCAAUGUACUGGAUGUGUGUCCUGGAUACAAGGCCACUGACGUAUCUGCCAGCAAAACCAAGUUCACCGCAACCCUCGUUCUGGCGGGAAAGCCAUGCAAUGUCUUCGGGAACAAUAUUCAAAUUUCAGAAAUUGUAGUUGAGCACCGACAAAAAACCGGUUUAACUGGUCUCAACUGGUCUUUGCAGUCUGAAAAGUUACUAAACUCCUACCUCUCACCACCUCCCUCUCGACUCAAUGGACAUGCCAAAAUUGCAUCAAAAAGGACCCCCAGCCACUCGCAUUCCUUGCCAGCAGCCACCAAGUCUCUCCCCUCCAACAAGGGAUUGGGAGUUUGGGGGUUUGGAAAGGCAUAG